CCAUCUGGUAGAAUGGCGAGCUUCACCGUGUGGGACUAUGUGGUCUUUGCGGGCAUGCUGCUGAUCUCAGCCGUCAUUGGGGUAUACUAUGCCUUCGUGGGAGGGGGGCAGAAGACAUCAAAGGACUUCCUCACGGCAGGCCGCAGCAUGAGUGCCCUCCCGGUUGCAUUGUCCCUCACUGCCAGCUUCAUGUCAGCCGUCACCGUGUUGGGCACCCCUGCCGAAAUCUAUCGCUAUGGUGCCAUCUUCUGCAUCUUUGCCAUCACCUACGGCCUGGUGGUGCUGUGCAGUGCCGAGAUCUUCCUGCCCGUCUUCUACAAGCUGGGCAUUACCAGCACCUAUGAGUAUUUAGAACUUCGAUUUAAUAAAUAUCUACGCCUCUGUGGAACAAUCCUCUUCAUUAUACAAACGACUUUAUACACUGGUAUUGUCAUUUAUGCUCCAGCUUUAGCACUAAAUCAAGUCACUGGCUUCGACUUGUGGGGUGCAGUGGUGGCGACUGGCGUCGUCUGCACUUUCUACUGCACGCUGGGCGGUCUGAAGGCAGUGGUGUGGACAGACGUUUUCCAGGUUGGAAUCAUGGUUGCUGGAUUUUCGUCUGUGAUUAUACGAGCUGUGGUGGUUCAGGAGGGAAUUGGACGCAUUGUAAAUGAUUCCUACCAUGGUGGAAGAUUAAACUUCUGGGACUUUGAUCCCAAUCCUUUGCAAAGGCACACCUUCUGGACGAUUAUUAUAGGUGGGACUUUCACGUGGACUGGUAUAUAUGGGGUCAACCAGUCUCAAGUCCAGAGAUACGUUGCUUGCAAAAGCAGAUUCCACGCAAAAUUGUCCCUCUACAUCAACCUGGUAGGACUCUGGGCAAUACUGGUCUGUGCCACACUGUGUGGGCUGGCCCUCUACUCCAUCUACAAAGACUGCGACCCAUGGACGGCCAAGCAGGUGUCGGCACUCGACCAGCUAAUGCCAUACCUAGUGCUGGAUAUCCUGCAAGAUUUUCCAGGAGUGCCAGGUCUUUUUGUGGCUAGUGCCUACAGUGGGACAUUAAGUACGGUGUCCUCCAGCAUCAAUGCUCUGGCUGCUGUAACUGUUGAAGACCUCAUUAAGCCAUACUUCAGAUCACUCUCUGAAAAGAAGUUGUCGCGGAUUUCCAUGGGGAUGAGCCUGUUCUACGGUGGAGUCUGCAUUGCUAUGGCUGCAGUGGCAUCUCUCCUGGGAGCCUUGUUGCAGGCAGCACUCAGCAUUUUUGGCAUGGUCGGUGGACCCCUUUUAGGACUGUUUGCCUUGGGAAUCCUCUUCUCCUUUGCAAAUGGAAUUGGUGCAUUUGUGGGUCUUGUCAGUGGCUUUGUUAUUUCACUUUGGGUUGGAAUUGGAUCUCAGAUUUAUCCUCCACUCCCAGAGAGGACCAAGCCACUAUAUCUCUCAACUGCAGGCUGUAAUAUAUCCUCAGGAAAUUUAACAUCAACAGAAAUUCCAUUAACAACAAUAUUCAGCACACCAACUGCAGAGAGGCCUGUCCUGGCAGACACCUGGUAUUCCUUGUCUUACCUCUACUUCAGCACACUUGGGACACUUAUCACAGUAGUUGUGGGAAUAAUUAUCAGCCUUCUAACAGGAGGACUAAAGCAGAACACGGAUCGUAAAUUCCUGCUGACCAAAGAAGAUUUCCUGUCCAACUUUUCAUGGUCUAAGUCAGAGACACCAGAGAAUAUGGAAGUGUUGAACUGUAAACCAUUUACCGUGGCAGACGAAGGAACUGAUAAUCCUGCUUUCAGCCACAUUGAAAUGGAUGUUGCAAGUGAUAAGAACAAAGUCAAUGGUCUUCAUAUGUGACACAAGGCUGCGUCAGCCCAGGAAGAUGUUUUUCUUCAUGUAAAGCACUGUUGACAUUCCUGUUCUUGGUCAGUUACCAGUUCUGCUUUGGUCCUGGGCCAGCACCUGCAGAGCUUCGUGGCACCCUUCCCCUUGUAUGACCUUGACAUUAGUCAAGAAAGGAAUCAGGUCUUUCUUGCACUUCCUCACUCUCUCUCACUCUGGAUCUUGGUGACAGGGCUUAAGACGAUAUUUCUAUGUGAAAUAUUUGCCAGAUUUUCUUGAGCCUCCUGGAAAAUACCUGCUUUUAAUCUUAGUUCACUCUCAGAGCAAAUUUUUUAUUUGGGAAAAGUACUAUUCCCCCAGACAUGGCUGGUUUUCUGGUUUAUGUUUUUCUUUUUUCUUUUAAGGCAUUGAAAGUAUGAAGAGAUUAGGGUUGUGGGACUUUAUCAGAUUGCAGGGAGCAAGGGUUCUUUUUUUUGGUACGGGAGGUGUAUUUAGUGUCAUCUGGUUACUUUGUAGAACUGAUCCUGAGAAUGUAUUUAUUUUGCUGUUUUUAUCAUCUGUUUGUUUUUAUUAAGCCACUUGUUCCUUGGUUACCUGCAUCUCCUCCUCAGUGCUCACUGCUGGAAGCUGCAAUAGUGACUUUGUUGGUGGGUAGAGGCAAGAGUCAGUACUCUUUCCCUUCACACCAUCUCCCUCUUCUUCCCUAUCUUGCCCUUACAGAGCUUGUUCUUAUGAAGGAAAUGAGUUAUUGGGAUUUUUAUUCAAUACCAUAGAGCAGAAACACUGUAGCCUUCUACUUCAUGCCCAGCGUGGUGGCCUAGAAUUGUUCUUGCACUGGACUGAGCAUAAUGUGUCAGAGAUGUUAGUAAAGAAGAGGACCCUUUUGGCUGUACUGGACAAGAGGGAAGGCUGCAUCUGCAGUUUCCACUGCUGUUAUCUCCAGAGCUGUGAGCUGAAACCUCAUGUACCCAUUUGUGUUCAGGCAGUCCUUAUUGUAUCUCUGGGGAUUCAUGUUCAAGGUUGGUUCAGGCAAGAGCACACUGUGUGUUUUGGCAGGCAGGCAAAGCCACCUGCACAGUUCUGCAGAACAGGGAAAGGAUCACAGAGGAUGUCAUUUGAUGAAGCUUCUGCAGGGCAUGGAAUGGCUUAUCAUCUGGUGAGAUUGCCAAGAGAAGCUGAAUAGCUUCUGUGCAC